CCUAUUUAUUCAACAUAUUGUGUUCUUCUUGUUUCCCACAUUUGUACCCAAAUAUACAACAAUUCAACGCCCACCCAUGAUGCUACGAGCCUCCAUUUCCAGCACCAAGAAGUUCUUCAACAAAACCUUAUGCAACUUCAAAUCCUUCUUCUCCAAUACCUACCAACGGCUUCCCAAAAUGGAUAAAGACUCAUCCUUCAUGAAGAAUAGUAAUGGCAAUGCAGUUCAUUUUUCGAAGACGAUCCGCGAGACCCAGAUGAAAAAAGUUGAGAAAAAUGAAGAUAGCAUCAAAAUUGGAGCGACCCAUCAAAGGAAAACGCAAGAAAAUUUGAAAGUGUAUGAUGAGAGAAGAAUGUGUUUGGUUGCUAAGAAAAUGAAAGAAUUGGAAAAGCUAGACGCUAGAGAUGUGGAUCAUGCUUUGGAUAUUGAAGAGAUUCUUCAUUACUACUCUCGUCUCUCUUGUCCAACGUAUCUUCAGAUUGUGGACAAGUUCUUCAUGGACAUUUUUGCUGAAUUUUGUGCUAAUCCAUCUUCUCAACAAACUAACCCAAUUGGGCACCAAUCAUCAGUGGGGUUAGUGAGAAGAAAAUCUCGUUUAGGAAACGUGGAGUCUUCGCUCUUCUAAUUCUUCACGACCAUAUUUGUGUUAGGUGAUAUUGUCCAUUCUCAGCAUUGUGGUUGGUCUCACACCAAUUGAAAUGUAUUUCUUACUUAUGAACAAACUCAUUAUCAUUCCC